UGUUCGUUAGGACUACCUUGCCUCUGCUCGCCCGGCUCCUCCUCGCGUUCCUUUCUCACCCCUGAAUCCCAAGCGCAAUUCCCACACGCCUUCCGCCGAAACCCCCGAAUCAGGAGCCCCAUCCACGCCGCGGCGUCUCUCCUGCUCUGAGGUCCGACCUCCCAUGGCCUCCUCCAAUCCCAGCUCCGGCGCCGCUGCCGCCGACGACCUCGACCAGCUCCUCGACAGCGCCCUCGACGACUUCACCAGCCUCGAUCUAGCCGCCGCCCCCAAAAGCAGCAGCGAGGCAUCGGCAUCAUCGUCUUCCGGGAGCGCGAGGCCGGUGAUGGGUCUGGGGAUGUCGCUGCCUGACCCCAGGGCGCCAAGGAGACGCGCGGCAAGGCAACCCCCGCCGCCGCCGAGGGGCGCGCACGCGUCGGAGGCGCUCGAGAAGCUGACGCGCGAGACGCGGGAGGCGGUCCGGGGGCUCGAGACGGCCACCGGGGGGAUCGCGGGCCUGGAUGACGAGGCGAUGAUGGAGGACUUUGUGAAGCAGUUCGAGGAGUUCGCUGGCACGCAGGAUAUGGACUCUAUUGUUGAAACAAUGAUGAAACAACUUCUUUCCAAGGAGAUUCUUUAUGAACCCAUGAAGGACAUUGUAGAGAAGUACCCAAAAUGGCUGGAGGAUAACAAAAGCAAGAUAAGCAAAGAAGAAUAUGAGCGUUACAGCAAUCAGCUCGAACUCAUGCUGAAACUUAAUGAGGUCUAUGAACAUGAGCCUGAGAAUAUGUCUAAGGUCUUUGAGAUCAUGCAAAACAUGCAAGAAUGUGGUCAGCCCCCCAGUGAUCUUGUUCAAGAUAUUGUUCCGGAUCUGGAUCUGAGCAAGUUGGGACAACUAUCUCCCGAGAUGCUUGAAUCAACAGAAAAUUGCUGCAUAAUGUGAUGAGCAAAACAGUCCAUCUUGGGUGCAAAUUCCAUGUAGUAGCGACAAUACCUGUAACCACUCCCCUUUUAGUUCAAAGUUCUUUUCAUUGGGAUAUUUGUAAAGCUCUGCAGAUAUAAAGUGAAUUCAAUUUUCUUAUUCUUGGAUGAAUGUCAUAUUCGGUUCAGUUGAUGUACUAUAAUAAUGAGCAAAGUAAGUCCGUUUGCAAA